AAGCGCACUUCACAAAGGUGGUAACCAGCGCAAGUAUCACUGACUUGGCUUGUGGUCUGAGUCAUAUACUGCUCUUGACGCAACGGGCCGAAGUACUGGUCAUGGGGUCCAAUCGUUACGGACAACUGGGACUAGGGUUUGUGAAUCAGGUAGGUAUGUGGUUAGGGUUGUAG